AUGGGUAUUAAAGGAUUGAACAAAUUACUGAUGGAACACUGUCCCGCGGCUCUGCGGUCGUCGGAGAUCAAGAACUUUGGAGGUCGAAAAGUCGCCAUCGAUGCCUCCAUGUCUCUCUAUCAGUUUGUGAUUGCAGUACGACAGGCUGAUGGCCAACAAUUGACCAACGAGAAUGGAGAGACCACGUCGCAUCUCAUGGGCAUGUUUUAUCGAACCCUGAGAAUGGUCGAUAACGGUAUCAAACCCGUAUACGUGUUUGACGGCAAGCCCCCCGUCCUCAAGAGUGGAGAGCUGGCCAAGCGAAAGGAGCGACGAGAGGAGGCUCUGAAGAAGAUUGAGGAGCUCAAACAGCAAGUGGAGGAUGGUGAAGAGGGUGAGGAAACAAAGGAGGCUCAGGAGGAUGUUACUCGAUUCGAAAAGCGAACAGUUCGUGUGACACCCGAACAGAAUGACGAGGCCAAGAAACUGCUCACACUCAUGGGUAUUCCCAUUGUGGAGGCUCCAUGUGAAGCUGAGGCUCAAUGCGCCAAGCUAGCCGAGGCCGGAAAGGUGUAUGCUGCUGCCUCCGAAGAUAUGGAUACUCUGUGUUUCGGUUCUCCUGUUCUGUUGCGACAUUUGACCUUUUCCGAGGCCAAGAAGAUGCCUAUUUCCGAAAUCAACUUUGCCAAGAUUCUGGAGGGUCUGGAAAUGACCCAUGCUCAGUUCAUUGAUCUGUGUAUUCUUCUGGGAUGUGAUUACGCAGACACCAUCAGGGGAGUUGGACCUCAGACCGCUCUCAAGCUCAUGAAGGAACAUGGAAGUCUGGAGAAGAUUGUAGAGCAUAUCGAGAAGAAUCCCUCUGGAAAACUCAAGGUGCCCGAGAACUGGCCGUACCAGGAGGUUCGUGCUCUCCUGCAAGCGCCUGAUGUACUCGAUUCCAGCAGCUGUGAUAUCAAGUGGAACAAUCCCGAUGUCGAGGGACUGGUGGACUUCCUGGUGAGAGAUAAGGGAUUCUCCGAAGAUCGAGUUCGAGCAGGAGCUGCGAGACUCAUGAAGCAGGUCAAGGUGAAGCCGCAGGCGCGACUUGAUGGCUUUUUCAAGGUUAUGCCCAAGGAGGGAGGAGAGAAGCGAAAGGCGGACGACAAGAAGACUAAGGGUAAGAAGCCCGCCACUAAGAAGGCAAAGAAGUGA